CUUUCUAACUGCACUGGAUGUGCGACAGUCACUGGUGUUAUUCUAAUUUCACAUGGGAAUGUCAUCAUGUUAGCUGGGCUGAAUUUCGUUACGCUGUUGCUCUCGGUGGCUGUAUGUCAGGGAUCUCGAUACAAGGACAUUGAUAGUGAAACCGUCAGCGUGGACAAAGGAUCCACCUAUGGUUCUCUCUGGCCUCUGCCCCAGCAAGUGAGUUUGUCUGAGGUUUCAUUUAAACUAUCGAGCUCCAGCUUCAGGGUGGUGGACGCCGAGGGAUCGUCUGCGGGUCCCAGCUGCAACAUUCUCCAGAAUGCAUACAGAAGAUAUUAUGAAUACGUGUUUGGCAACGCAAGAAAGACUGGACAUUUCAAAAGGAAAGCGGCAACAUCAGAGUUGUCAGAACUACAGGUGUCGAUCACAUCAGGUGAUUCGGACUGUGACGGUUACCCAGGAGCGACCUCGGACGAGUCAUAUGAACUGACGGUGGACCAGCCGUAUGCAAUCCUGAAAGCACCAAAGGUGUGGGGUGCUCUUCGAGGUCUAGAAACGUUCAGCCAGUUGGUGUAUGAAGAUGAAUAUGGGGCUAAAAGCAUUAACUCGUCAAAAAUUGUCGACUUCCCAAGAUUUCAACAUAGAGGUAUCUUACUGGAUACCUCUCGCCACUUCUUGCCUAUUAAAGUAAUCUUGGCUAAUCUGGAAGCAAUGUCAAUGAACAAAUUCAACGUGUUCCACUGGCACAUCGUGGACGACCCGUCAUUCCCCUACCUCAGCAGAACCUUCCCCCAGCUCAGCCAGAUGGGCGCCUACCACCCGUACACCCACGUGUACACGCCUGGCGAUGUGAAGAUGAUCAUCGAGUUUGCCCGGUUGAGGGGCAUCCGGGUUGUCCCAGAGUUUGACACGCCGGGACACACGCAGUCCUGGGGCAAAGGACAGAAGGACCUGCUGACGCCGUGUUACUCCGGCUCCACUCCCUCUGGCACCUUCGGGCCAGUCAACCCCAUCCUGAACACAACCUACGACUUCAUGAACCUGCUCUUCAAGGAGAUCAGCGAGGUGUUCCCCGACGCCUACGUUCACCUGGGAGGAGACGAGGUGGACUUCAACUGUUGGAAGUCAAACCCAGAUAUUCAGAAGUGGAUGGAUGAGCACGGCUUAGGAAAAGACUACGCCAAACUGGAAUCAUUCUACAUCCAAAAGCUCUUGGGUAUCGUCGCCGCAACGAAGAAAGGCUCCAUGAUAUGGCAGGAGGUGUUUGACAACGGCGUGAAGCUGCCGGCGGACGCGGUGGUGAACGUGUGGAUGGGCAGUGGGCUGCAGGAGGAGAUGUUCAACGUGACGGCGGCGGGCUUCGCCACCAUCCUCUCCGCCCCCUGGUACCUGGACUACAUCAGCUACGGACAGGACUGGCAGCGCUACUACAAGGCGGAGCCGCUCGACUUCAAAGGUAGUGAUGCCCAGAACAAGCUGGUGAUUGGUGGAGAGGCCUGUCUGUGGGGCGAAUUUGUGGAUUCAACCAAUCUGACGCCAAGGCUGUGGCCUCGCGCCAGUGCUGUGGGGGAGCGCUUGUGGAGCGCCAAAGAUGUGACCGACGUCAACGACGCCUACAGCCGCCUGGCCAAGCAACGCUGCCGCAUGGUGGAGCGUGGGAUCCCUGCGGAGCCUUUGUUUACAAGUUUCUGCCGACAUGAGUAUAAGGGCAACUGAAGUGUGGGCCUGGAAAAGUGAAGAGUCUACGGACACACACACACAAACAAUCAUGUGUUUUCUUUGAAGAUUUUUGUGAGAUUGAUCUCUCAUGUUAAUGCACUGAACCUUUUUUUAACAUUCAACCUCUCUUCUAAAAUGACUGGAUUGGAUCCUUCUGUAGUUGUAAUCUUUUCUACAUGAUUCCCGAUCAAAUAUUUGCAUACUCCCAAAUUAAUUUAUGCUGGAUCAAAUUUUUUAUAUUAAUGUUUGUAUGAUUCCGUAUGAAUAAAGUUUUCCUUGAAAUGGUGAA